CCUUUUUCAAUUGACUGGUCAUCGGUUUUUUUAAACGUAAAUACGGCCACGCGAAUAAAUGGCCAAUCCUACAGGUACUCUAAUUAAUAUUGGUUAAAUUCCAAACGAUAAGACGUUUUUGAACAAACUUUACUAUUAGGUUGUUCAAAACCAACGAAAUCUGAUUUAUUUAUUUUUAAAUCACUUAUUAAUGUUUCUUAAAAUUUGAGAAUCGAUUUCAAAGAUUCAUCAAUAGAAUUUAACUUAACAGAAACCCUUAAUUAUGUCUACUAAUAACAACGAUCUACUACGACAACGGAAAAAAAUGCCAGAAGGAGAAGAAAUCGAAGUCUUAUUGAAAGAAAAUGAUGGUGAAGAAGAAACGACCCCAACGCCCAUUGUAUCAAAACCCAGUGAAGAAGGUUCUCAUCAAAUGGCUCUUCAGGUGUUUCCUUCAUUUAUCAUCGCCGGAAUUGGUCUAGUGGCUGCUGGUCUUGUUCUGGACAAGGUUCAACAUUGGGAAGUUUACACAAAGUUACAUCAAAUCACAGUUUUAGUCACUCCUUUAUUAGGGCUUAAAGGAAAUUUAGAAAUGACCCUUGCCAGUCGAUUGUCUACAUUUGCAAAUAGACCAAAUAAAAAACACUCUAAUCUAACAGCUGCGUGGGGAAAUAUAUGCUUGGUACAACUUCAAGCAACUGUUGUUGGAAUUUUAGCAGCAAUUGUUGCUGCUGUGUUCGGGUGGAUACCAAAAGGACAGUUUAAUUUUCAAAAUUCAGUUGUUGCAGCGUCUGCAAGUGUUGCAACUGCAAUGUCAGCUUCAUUAAUUCUAAGUGUAGUUAUGGUAUUGGUAGUUACUGGGGCCAGAAAGUGCAAAUUGAAUCCAGACAAUAUUGCAACCCCUUUGGCAGCGGCUCUGGGAGACGUGACUACUUUGACUUUACUAUCUGCCAUCGCGAGCCUAAUCUACUUAUCACACUUCAAAUGGUUGCCUUAUCUUAUACUAUCAAUUGCCUUAUGUCUUUCUCCUUUCUGGUAUAUUAUGUCGGCCAAAAAUGAGUUAGUUAAAGAUGCCCUAUCUGAUGGAUGGACACCAAUUAUUAGUGCUAUGGUGAUAUCGUCUGCAGGUGGUCUCGUACUUGAUUUCGCAUUAUCAUCCUUCGAAGGUCUUGCUGUCUUCCAACCAGUUGUGAACGGGGCGGGAGGAAAUAUAGCAGCUAUUCACGCUUCACGUUUGUCAACAGCUUUACAUACAGACAAACCAAUCAAUAUAAAGAAAUCAGCGUUCGUACUGUUAGGAAUCAUGAUUCCAGGUCACUUAGCCUUUUUAGGAAUUAUAACAUAUUGUGAAGCAGGACAUGUCGCAAUAACUCCAGCUCUCAUUAUUAGUUACUUUUGUGCUGCUCUUCUACAAGUGAUUAUUCUGUUAUUUAUAGCACCUGUUAUCGUUAAGGCUGCAUGGAAUAGAAAGCUUGAUCCAGACAGUGUUGCAAUUCCAUAUUUAACGGCAAUAGGGGAUCUUUUGGGAUCAAUGUUUUUAUUGACAGCUUUCUAUCUUCUGCAUAAGAUGAACAGUUUGAAUUGA